AUGGAUAGGCGAGAAAGUGGAGAUUUGAGAGUAGAGUAUUUCUUACUCUACUCCCGCAAGCCUACACAAGCCAACCAACAACCUUCGACCCAAGCAACCAAGGACACUGUAAUCAACCUUAGCCGACACCAACUUACCCAAGCCGAACACAAAGUACUUUCCCUCGGACUCAACUUCGCCGUAGCUCCUAAGAAGAUCCCUUUCUCCGACAUAGUACAGCAAGUCGAACCCAAGCUCCGAUUUCUUUCCAAAGCGGCCGCCAACGAAAUUAGACUCAAAGUAACCAAUGCUCUCUCCGACGCCAAGCCACCUAAACCAAACCUCUCGAAAGAAGAACACUCUGCCAUCCAGGACCUCCGACGUAACCAAGCCAUCCACAUCCUUCAGGCUGACAAAGGCAACGCCACCGUUAUUAUGGACCAAGACGUAUACGAUGACAAGAUCGAAGACAUUCUCCAGGACAAGGACACCUACUCCAAACUCAACAGAGACCCAACUCCGGCCAACGAAAGGAGAAUCAACCAACAACUGCUAACCCUACAUCGAUCUGAAGCACUACCCAAGGCUCUCUACUUCCAACUCAGAUCCUCUUCAGCCAAGUCUCCAAUCCUAUUCGGACAACCCAAGAUACACAAGCCUAACACUCCUCUCCGCCCUAUCAUCUCCACCCGCGGAUCACCCUGCUACAACACAGCACGUCAUCUGGCCAACAUCCUUCAGCCACUCGUAGGCCAAACCCAGCACCAUGUCACCAACUCCAAGCACUUCAUUGACGUCGUCUCCAAGACCAAGAUCCGGCCCUCCGACACACUCGUCAGCUUUGAUGUCGUCUCCCUCUUCACCAGCGUACCUGUAGACCAAGCAUGUGACAUCAUCAAGCAACGCCUGAUCACCGACCCAGACCUCGCAUCCAGAACCAAUCUCACACCAGACCAGAUCCAUGACCUCCUCCUCACCUGUCUCAACUCCAACUCCUUCAAAUGGCGCAACAACUACUACAAACAACUACAAGGAGCAGCCAUGGGUUCACCUCUCUCACCAAUUAUCGCUAACAUCUUCAUGGAACAUUUCGAGCACCAAGCACUCAAGACUGCGGACAAACCUCCUUCACUCUGGCUCCGCUACGUCGACGACACCUUUGUCAUCUGGCCGCACAGCACACCCGACCUUCACCAGUUUCUCAACCACCUCAACCACCAGCACCCCAGCAUCAAGUUCACCAUGGAGACCCAACACGACGACUCAAUCCCUUUUCUAGACGUUCGCAUCACCAAGACACCAUCUGGAUUCCCAUCUCACCAGGUGUACCGGAAACCCACCCACACAGACCGCUACCUCAAUUUCCGCUCACACCACCACCCAUCCGUCCACCAAUCAGUCGCCCGCACUCUCAUCAGACGAGCCCACCAACUCAGCGACAAGGCACACUUACAACAGGAACUCAAGCACGUGACCAAUGCACUCACCACCAUCAACCAUUACCCCAGGAGAAGGAUUAACACUCAACCGUCCAGCCACCAACCCAACACCAACAGCACCGAAAACCCAUCCGAAACCAAGCCUAUCGCCACCAUAGCACUUCCCUACAUCGGCAAGACUUCACACCGACUACAACGCAUCCUUCACUCUGCCAACAUCCUCGUCAGACACCAAUCCUCUCGCAAGCUACACUCCAUCCUGCACUCUCAUAAGGACAAGCACCCAUCCAAUAAGCAACCAGGCGUCUACAAGAUCCCCUGUGACUGUGGCAAAGUCUACAUUGGAGAAACCGGCCGAGACUUCGACACCAGACUCAAGGAACACAAGACCCACCACCGACGCAGCGACUGGGACCGAUCUGCCAUCGUCAAACACGCACAACAGGAAAACCACAGCAUAGACUGGGACAAGAGCCACCUAAUCACCAACAUCCGGCACUGGAACACCAGAAGGGUCAGAGAAGCCAUUGAGAUACAUCAACACAACACCGUGCCUCAAGACCCUGGGCUCCACAUCAACACCAUCUGGCACCCAAUCCUACGUCACCACCCAACUUCGAACCAAUCCACAACCAACUCCACAAGCAACUCGCCGUCCACCGUCACCCUACCAAGCCCUCCUACCCAACACAGCAGUCUGAUCGAAUCACCAACUCAACCAGCAACUUCGCCGACGCACACGCCACCGACACCGACACCUCGCUACAACCUCCGCCGACGACCCAACACCUCAUCAGUACACCAGGCCACCCACUCAAUCCCGCCGAAGCUUACCCGACCAGUCCGCCGACCAACACGCACGGAACGCCACCACUGAUGUACUUACCACGCCGCCGACACACACACCGCCGCCGUAACUCACCCCGCCGUCUACACACCGCGUCCGCAUACCACGCCAACUCGUUUCCCGCCAAAACCGCCGACCCACGCACAGAGCGCCACCUACGACGUCAGCCCGCCGUGACCGCCGGCCCAGCGCUUUCCCCCACGUCCGCACGAACGCCAUAAGUACCGCCGCACGCCAAGCGAACACUCACUCCUGAAGACGGACAGUCAACCUGCCCGAAACGUCGAGUCUCUCUACUACUCAUCAUCUCUACUCGCCGACUCAAGCCAGCAUCUCCUCACUAGCUCUACUACUCAAGCUGUUCUCAACUCAUCAAUCUUUCCUGGUUUACAGUCCUUUUCAGGACUACUUUCAAGAAAGAAUACUCUACUCUCAAAUCUCCACUUUCUCGCCUAUCCAUUUCUUCUCUUCUCCUAUCCACUGUUUCUACAACACUUCACAUGGUGUACCGUAAACCACAU